AUGGGGCACACACAUACUAAGGAAGUUGUACAUGUACGGAGCCCAGCUCCUCCUCCUGCUCCACCUACUCCAAUGUUUGAUGAACCAUGGAGGAAGAUCGACUGGGGGAACAAAGAAGAACUUCUGAAGAUGAUAAAUAGGUACACUCCCAGGCAUGGAGAGAAACAUCUGCGUGUCCUGGUGUACGGCCCGGUCGGAGCUGGGAAGUCCACCUUCAUCAACUCAGUGACCAGUGCUCUGUAUGAAAGGAUGUCUAAUGAAGCUGCAGCUAACACCAGUGAUUCAGCCACAAGAAGCUUCACUCUCGAGUAUGAAACUCACUACAUUUUUAAAGAAGAUUCACUUGACGAGACCUACCCUUUUGUCUUCAAUGACAUAAUGGGGUUGGAGGGAGGAGAAAAACAAGGCAUUCAUCCUGAAGACAUCAAACUGGCCAUGAAGGGACAUGUGAGGGAUGGAUACAAGUUUAAUCCAAUGUCUCCACUGUCUGAAGACUCCAAGCAUUACAACCCAAACCCUACAAUUGAUGACCAGGUGCAUGUCCUUGUGCUUAUGCUUUCUGCAAACUGCCCAGAAAUUGACCACUCAGUGAUUCAGAAAAUGAAGGAGGUGAGGGAGACUGCCCGGGAUUUAGGAAUUCCCCAGAUAGCUAUGGGUACGCACGUUGAUAAAGCAUGUCCUGAAAUAAUGAAAGACAUCAAGAACAUCUAUCGGAGCAAAUCUAUGAAGACCAAUAUGGAAGAGUUCAGCAAAGCUGUGGGGGUCCCUCUGAAUUGCAUCAUGGGUGUGAAAAACUACAGUGAAGAAACUGACAAUGAUGCUGAUGUAGACACCCUCCUACUCAUCGCUCUUAAGCACAUUGUUACUAACGGAAAGGACUUUGUCCGUAAGCAAGCUCAUAAGAAAGCUCACUCUCUUGAAGGGGACAUGAGUAAACUAAAUGUAAACUAA